AUGAUCGACUCCACAACUACCGACUGCGGUAGCGUCAACGAACAGCUUUCCAGCCUGCGGUGUGCUAUGGAGGAGGCACUUCUGACCAAUAGAACGUUCGUGCUGCCUCGCCACAUCUGCAUCCGCCCAGCCUUCAACAUCGACGCUGCUAGGAUAGUGAACACAUCCCAAACGGAGAUGCUUUUAGAGGAUCUCUUCGACCUUAAAGCCAUCGCCAAGGCUUUGCCUAAGGGCAUCGUCUUUGCUGACUCAGACGACUGGAAACAGACGCUUGUUGCCGCCCAAGACGCGCAGACCCUGGCAGAUGCUCGAAAGAAAAAAACUUUUGAGGAAGAGGGAGGAGAGGGUGGAGGAGCGAAAGAGGAGGAGGAGGACGAGACUCUGGCACAGUAUUUGGUGGUGGAGGAUGGGAGUGUGAGUUGGAGGGAGCUUCGGGACGUGCCUGAUUAUGCCGAGGCUAAGAUUGUGCAUCGGAAAGAUGGCCGGCCGUGGAGGAGGGUGUGUGAGACGCGGUUCAACGGCACGGCAGUGAUCUACCACGGCCCGCCCUUUGCCAAAUACAUCCGCGACCUUGCCAUGCAGCUAUCGGAGAAGCUGGGCCACUUUGUCUUCCUGCACGUGCGCCGGCACAACACGGACAUCAUGAGGGACGAUGCCUCCUACCUGCGCUGCCGGCACCUGGACCGCGACACGCGCGUGCCGGCCAUCCGAAGGCACAUCUGGCGGCUCAUCCCGGAGAACAGCACUCUCUACAUCGCUACAGAUGAAGUCAACCAGGGGUUCUUCUCAGGCCUCAAGCAGUGGUGA